UAAACAUCUGUUCAACAAUUUGACGAUUGAAAUCACAGACACGUAUUGUUUAAAUUUAUUGUUAAAACAAGUUCAUUGUGUUACGCGUUUCACAAGAUUUAAGUGCUCUUUUACGUAAUUAUCAAAUAACAAAAUUAAGCUCUAUGUAUAAUAACCCGACACUUUUGAAGUGAAAGUUUUAAUAGUUUUUUAUUGCUUAAAUUUGAUAUCUUGCUAAAAAAAGAUUUCUCAUCUCAUAUUUACGUGGACGGAAGAUUUUUAUUUAGUCUUCAAUAUGGUCAAGUGUAAGGAAUGUGGUUGUAAUUGUAAAAGAUGUUUUGCGAACGACCAUGACGUGCAUUUGCAUGUUGAAAUAGAAAAUCUCAAACAAAAGUUAGUAGAGCGAGAAAAUCAUAUUGUUACAAUGGAGACUAAUUUUUUAAAUGAGGCUAAUAAGUACCCCAGUGGUGAAUUGGUAGCACUUAGGGAAGAGUUGCUGACAUGGCAGGACAAGUAUAGGAGGCUGUAUGAUGCUCAUAGACGAGUCCAAAGAGUAAACCAAGGUUUAGAAGAUAAGUUAUUAAAAUUAGUAGAUGUGUGUGAGACUGAAAAAAGUAUGUUAACUAAAGAUGUAGCUACUUUAUCUCAAAAACUAGCAGAGGCUAAUCAUACUGUUAAAAAAUUAACUGAAGAUAAUGAAAGAUACAAAAAUGAUGUUUCUUUAGCAAUACAAUUUCUUCAAUGUAAACAAAGUAAUUUCGUAGCGCGUAAAUUUGAUUCAUUACCCCAUGAAGUACAAGUGCAAGUGUCUUCACAUAUGACAAAUAAGCGAAAACCUGAAGAAAAAAAAGUUUCAUAUGAAGUGAAAAGUAUAAAAGUGCCGAUCCCCACAUUUCCGCCUACAGCAAUGGUCUAUUCAGUUCCUAAAUCACCAAAACCUGAUAGAAAAGUAGAACCUGACGCAGAAUCACCCCCAGUAGAUAUAGUAUCCGCUGCAAUAAUGGCUAAAGUUCUUGAAGAGCGCCAAAAGGAAAAAUCUUACGCGAAACAUUGUGAUACCUGUACUUGUUCAAAGAAACUGACUAUAGUUUGUGACUUAACCCAGUACACUGUUGGAACCCAAACUGGGGAUUACCAAAACUCAUUGUGUCUUAGAUGUAACGAAAAUCUUCCACAAAGUCCCCAAAAAAUGCGAAUUGUAAAGCACGAUUCAUCUUCUAAAAAGGUACCAAUAUACCCGAACGAAUCCACCGAAAUUGCUCAUUCCGGAAACAACAUCGUAAAAGUUCAACCAAAUAAUUUUCUAAUUGAUGAAACACCAAACCGUGUUUCAGAUAUGUCAAAUAAUUUACUGUCCCAACCUGAUAUCAAUUUUUUUAGUACAAACGAAGCUCCUCGUGUUAAAACCUCCAAAUCUCCAAAAUUGGGGAUAAAAGUUGAGCAUCACCAUUUGUGCAACAUGACAUCACCCACGUACGAAGUACACAAGGAACAACCCGAAUCGGAUACAAGUGCCAAAAACGGGUCUUCCGACAAUCUCAGAGGUCCUAGGUACUGUUCAAUGAGGUUGCAAAGUGGCACAAGAAAUAUACUAUUAGACAACGCUCAUAAUAACAUAGCUCCAGUUUUGUAUAAACAACACAAAGUAAAACGCGAAGAGACGCCCACGACACAUGAUACAUCACGCACGGAGUCUUGCUCAAGCGAAGAUUUAAAAAAUAUGUCUAUAACUAGCGACCCGUCAGGUCAUAAUCAACAAGUGGCAGACUGGAUACAAAACAAUCUAGAUAAUGAUAUAAGUAGUUCGGAAAACUCGCAAUCAGAGCCGCUUAUUCAUGAAAAACGAGGAACUUUGGCGGGGGUUGAUAAAAUCAAAUACGCGGAGAUGGAAGAAAAUGUGAAACGGUUUUUAUUUGGGGAGAGCGAAUUUUUGAAAACGGUGGAGAUUGGAAAAUUAAAAUACCAAAAUUACAGGGAAAAAGAUGGAGGAAAUGAAAAUGAAAGUAGUAGUUCAAGGAGUCACCCUCACACUGAAACAGAGAUUUAAUAAUUUAAUGAUUUUUUUAUAUGUACUAUUUAUUGUUAUACAGGUGCAAUGAAUUGUUAAAUUUAUUUUUUAUGUAGUUAUAAGGCAGGUUUCACAUUAAUAAAAUGAGCCAAGGUCACAAGGUGUGUACUCAGUUAACAAAACGGGAAACGGCUAGUUUUUCUCAUUUUGUUAGUAAAAAUUAUUAGGAAAUGAGUACUAAUAAAAAUUCGAUUUUUAUUAGAAAUAAAUUAUAUUGUCUAUAACUAUUUGACCUUGCCUUAUUUUAUACGUACGAUACUUGCAGGAAUAAAUGCGGAUGUGACUGAUUCAAAAAGGUCUAAAUGUAAUAUUGUGGCAAAAACACAAUACAUAUAUCAUAUUAGGGGAACAUCUGUAAUACAUCAAUUAGUAAAACUAGCUGCGAAGAAAAGAAAGUUAAAUUUGUAAUGGAAGUAUCGGAAACAUUUGCAAAAAAGGAAAAAAACGUUUUUUAAUGCAAUGCGUAUAAAACGACUAUCACAACAUUUUUAGUACAAAUAAUUAUUUUAAUGAAGUCAUUGUUUGAACAGCAUUUAUAGAGAACUGCUUUCAAUUGCUCUUGAACAAAUGUUUGUACAUAUUUCUGGCGAUAUUUGUUGAAGUUGAUAUAAUUAGCUUGAGUUUUUGUUUGUUAAUACGCAAAAUGUGAUUUUUUUACUUAUUUUAGGAUAUUGUCUUUGUUGCAGCGAUUGGCUUAUUUAAACCUUGUUUUUUUUUGUUUAUGAUUGAAAGACAGAGUUCUGAGGCUCAUUAGUAUAAUUGCUUCUUUGAAAUAAUAAUUUACUGAAACAAUAGUUUCAAUAUAACUUUAUGUAUAUUCACAUUCGUAACUAUUGCACUAUAAGUACGUUAAUUAGCUGUUAAAAAUGUCAUUCCUUUUUGUACGAGCUUUAAAUCAGUGUAUUAUUUAUUUGUAUUGCAAUGCAAACCACACCUUGAAAUGGAGUGAUAAUUUUAUUAAUUGAAUACAAUAGUGUUUUGAUGUAAUAAUUUUGGGUACAAUUGAAUUAAAGUUAAGGUGACCUUAAUCAAAAGUAACCCUUUUUUUGUUCACAUCCAGGUUUUCACAUUUGUGAUCAGUGCUAGUUGCCAAAUUUUCUAGUUUUCUAGCGAAAAUCUGAAUGUAUUAAAUUUUUCAAUCUUUUUAUUAUUCUGUUAUAACCAAUAUGAUAAGCUGUGAUUUUUAAUAUAUGUGUGAUUUCAAAUAGAUUAGAGGAAACUCCUGUGACGUCUCAUGAGUUACCCGACCAAAUGCUUUUAUUUAUUUUGUUUUAAUCAUUUAUCCGUAUGUCUUAAGUGAGAUGAGUGUGUUUUGUGGAGUUUUUUUUCUACAAAUAGGUAAUUGUAUGAGAAUGACAUGAAACAAGUCAACAAGUGCCAUGAAUUAUUAAUAUUUGUAUUGAAGUUUUACGUUUUUUACUGAUAGUUACAAUUUAUAGCAGUGUGAUUUAACUUUUUAUUGAAUUAUACUCAUUUUAUUCUGUAUUUUGAUUUGUGUCCUUCAUGUCAUUCUUAAUCUAGGUGAAA